CUUUAUGGACCUAAUUGAAAAUAUUUGAAUAUUACAAGCGUCAUCACUUUCGAGGAAGGAAAAGAUUCUCUGCAAGUCGACGAAGUUUCCAACAUUGUCUGCAGUUUCAAAAUUUCAUACUCUGCUGCUGUUAAUCGCCCAGAUGUCUGGAGGAUUAAGUAGCAGCAGUGAAUCAUCUCUUGAUGCAGAUGAUUUGUUGGAGAUCAGGGAAAGACUUAAGGAGCUGACAAAGGAAAAGGAGAUGCUGAGAGAUUCAAAGUCCCACAGCUUCGAUUUAAUCAAGAAACUGGAAUUACAUGCUAAGGCGUCAUCUAAAUCUCGCGAAGAAGACAAGCAACAUAUUGAGGACUUAGAGAGACAACUCUGCAACUGCAACCAAGAAAUAGGUGGAGGCAUCCUCCGCAACACAUAUUUUUUACAACAUAUAACUUUUUAUUACCUGCAGGAUCAACUAAAUACAAGGAACUUCGACCUAACCUGUCUUGGCGAGCAAAUAUGUAACCUUCAGUUGAAACUUGCUGAGAUGGAAAGUCAAACAGAGGAAAUGGGAAAGGUAAAGGAGCAGUUGAAGGUAUCUGAAUCGGAAAGGUUGUCAUUAAAGAACGAUUUAGCAGAUAAAGAAAAUGCAAUUAGAUACUCCACAUCACGCAUCAGAAAGCUGGAGGAUUUGAUUUCAUCUAUGGCAUUAGAAUAUCAAUGUGAAAUAGAGGGCACAAAGCUGGAGUCAGUUGCCGUUGAGCAGAACCUUCUAGAAACUAAGAAAUUGUUAGAAGAAAGUAAUCUGGAGAAGUCCAAUAUGAGAGAGCUAAUUCACAAUCUCGAGCUUCAAGUACAAGAUGCUAACAUGGUGAUUGAUGGCUUAUACAAGGAGAACAGUGAUUUGAAAGAAAAGCUCCGACAGUCAGAGGUGAAUGCCAAAGCGUUUGCCAGGAAAGUAGAAGAGCAAUUUCACAAGUCAAUGGACCCAUUGGACAUCAAGUGGUCGAGUAAACUGAAGGAAGAUAUAAGCAUAUACGGUGACGCCUUAGGCCCCCUUUUCUCAAAGCUUUCCACUCUCUCAACACCAGAUGCAGAUUUAAGGAACAAAGCGGCUGAAAUGUCACGCCGGAUAGAUGACUAUGAAGUUCUUGUUGGCAAGCUUACGGCAGAGCUGAGAGAGGAAAGGCUGAAAUCCAAAGAAGAAGCAGAGGAUUUAGCUCAGGAGAUGGCUGAGUUGCGGUACCAACUAACGAGCAUGCUCGAUGAAGAGCGCAAGCGCCGUGCAAACAUCGAACAAAUAUCUCUACAGAGAAUAGCCGAGCUUGAGGCUCAGAUUGCAUCAGAUCGACAAAAAUCCACAGGGCCUCAAGAUCGUAUUCUCAGGAUCUCAUAAAUCCAUAACACGAUUUCUUGAUUGGAAUUUCUGUCGAAGGGAUCCUGACCUUUCUGUUCCUUUCACAUUCCCUCCCCGGUUUCUUUAUACCCGAUGCCUUCGAAGGAGAUAAGGGUGAUUGCUCCUGGUCGAGAAAAUUUGGGCGCCGGCUACAAACUAUUCGGUAAAGAAACAUUUCGAGCUUUGAUUUAUUGCUUCUGCAUUCUUGUUUUUAUGUACCAUGGGAAGCUGUUGAGGGUUUGUGUCUGUGUGUGUUCUUAAGUUAAGAGCUGCAGGCUUGUUUGAAGUUCUUUUGCAACUUUCUAUGCUCUCUUCUUAUCCUUGGUGAAUAAUUUUUGUUCUAUAAAUAUGUUGUUCAAAAUAACAAAAGAUUGUCAAUAGUUUGGAGAAAUUAAUGGGUUUGAGUGGUGUUUGGUUCAAA